CUUAGAAUUUUCACUGAACUUUUUCUCCCUCACCAAAUUUGCACAAAUAAAAACCCCCCAGAAAAGUGAAAACCCGGGGGAAUAAAAAGAAACCAUAAUCAAGAUCCAACUUGCAUUCAUUUCAAUUUCCUUCUCUCGUUCCGUAUUCGAUCUGUUAUUCACUCGUCUUCUACCAAGACUAUUUCUUGAGAACUCUCCUAAUUCCUGUAUAAGGGGAUUUGAGGGAGGCAUUGUUCAACUCCUGCAAGAGGAGAUUAGGAAGGGAUUUUGAUUGAUUUUGUGCUGUAUAAGAAUAUAGUUCAUUCUUGUGUGUGUGUGUGUUUGUGUGUUUGUGUCUAGGGUAUAGUUUAAAUUUGUGUGGAAUGGCCACUGCGGAAGCCUUGUCUGUGAUUCCCGCUGCUGUUCUCAGGAACCUCUCUGAUAAGCUCUACGAGAAGCGCAAGAAUGCUGCACUUGAGUUGGAGGGGAUUGUGAAACAGUUGGCCGUGGCCGGUGAUCAUGACAGGAUAACUGCAGUGGUCAAAUUGUUGAGCGAGGACUAUGCUUACUCUCCCCAAGCCAAUCACAGGAAAGGAGGAUUGAUAGGGUUAGCUGCUGCAACUGUGGGUUUAACUUCUGAAGCAGCAAAUCAUCUUGAGCAAAUUGUGCCACCUGUCCUGAACUCCUUCUCGGAUCAAGAUAGCAGAGUUCGUUAUUAUGCUUGUGAAUCUCUGUAUAAUAUUGCAAAGGUAGUGAGAGGGGACUUCAUUGUAUUCUUCAACCAGAUAUUUGAUGCUCUAUGCAAGCUUUCAGCUGACUCAGAUUCGAAUGUACAAAGUGCAGCUCAUCUUUUAGACCGACUUGUAAAGGACAUUGUCACUGAGAGUGAUCAAUUCAGUAUUGAAGAAUUUAUUCCUUUGUUGAGGGAGCGUAUGAAUGUCCUCAAUCCUUAUGUACGCCAAUUUUUGGUUGGAUGGAUCACAGUUUUAGACAGUGUUCCAGAUAUUGACAUGCUCGGGUUCCUUCCUGAUUUUCUUGAUGGCUUAUUUAAUAUGUUAAGCGAUUCUAGCCACGAAAUACGUCAACAGGCUGAUUCUGCACUUUCCGAGUUCCUUCAGGAGAUCAAGAACUCACCAGUAUCUGUAGAUUAUGGUCGAAUGGUCGAGAUAUUGGUACAGCGGGCAGAUUCACCUGAUGAAUUUACUCGGCUAACUGCUAUUACAUGGAUAAACGAGUUAGUUAAACUUGGUGGGGAUCAACUGGUUCCUCACUAUGCUGCUAUUUUGGGAGCAAUUUUGCCUUGUAUCGCUGAUAAAGAAGAAAAAAUACGAGUUGUUGCUCGUGAGACAAAUGAUGAACUUAGAUCAAUCAAAGCUUAUCCUGCUGAGGGAUUUAGUGUUGAAUCAAUCCUUAAUAUUUGUAGGAGUCAGAUGUCUAGUGAAUUCGAGGCAACUCGGAUUGAAGCAUUGCACUGGAUGAUCACCUUGCUAAGUAGACAUCGUAUGGAGGUUUUGGUUUUCCUGAGUGAUGUUUUUGAUACUCUUCGGGAGGUUCUAUCAGAUCCCUCUGAUGAGGUAGUGCUUCUGGUACUUGAGGUGCAUGCCUGCAUCGCUAAGGAAACACAACACUUUCGUCAGCUUAUAGUUUACUUAAUUCACAAUUUCCGAAUUGACCAUUCUCUUUUGGAAAAACGUGGUGCAUUGAUAGUUCGGAGGCUGUGUGUGCUUCUGGAUGCAGAGAAAGUUUAUAGGGAAAUUUCUGCCAUACUUGAAGGAGAGUCAGAUUUGGAGUUUGUUGCUGUGAUGGUUCAGGCCUUGAACUUGAUUUUGCUCACUUCAUCUGAGUUGUUUGGCCUACGUGUUCUGUUGAAGCAGUCACUUGUCAAUUCUGCAGGAAAGGACUUGUUUCUUUCAUUAUAUGCUUCGUGGUGCCAUUCUCCUAUGGCCAUGAUAAGCCUCUGUUUCGUAGCACAAGCAUACCAACAUGCAAAUUCUGUUAUUCAAUCUCUGGUGGAGGAGGAUGUCAAUGUGAAGUUCUUGGUCCAACUAGACAAAUUAAUCCACCUCUUAGAGACUCCUAUCUUUGCUUAUUUGAGGCUGCAGCUUCUUGAACCCGGAAGAUACAUCUGGUUGUUAAAAUCCUUGAAUGGUUUACUAAUGCUGCUGCCUCAGCAAAGUGCUGCGUUUAAGGUUCUUCGGACUAGGUUGAAAACAGUUCCUAAGUACUUCUUUAGCGAGGAAUACUUGAGGAUAACAUCGUCUGGAAAUCCGUAUUGUCAAACUAGUCAUUCGAGGGGCGGGCCACACAUUUCAGAUGGAUUUGGCAUGAACGAGAACUCACGCAACGGAACAAGUGAGAAUUCACACAACGGAAUAAACUUCCCAUCAAUGCUACGACAGUUUGAACAGAUCCAGCGGAAGCACCGUGCACGAUCAACGUCACAGCCUCAUUUCUCUUAUGACUCCACACCUCCACCAAAGGAGCUUCAAAGACCGGAAGAUCACAAAGAACCAAACAAGUCACAAGGAGCGAACGGAGGACCUCCGACACGAUCAUAUCGUAUAUCCCCUCCUCGACAGUUGCAACGCUGAUUAAUCCCCCGCCCCUCUUAUGCCCAAUUUAUACAGUUAUUUUAAUCCUCCUCCUUUGGGAAGUCCACUUGUGCUAGUGUAAAUGGUAAGUAGUUAUCAGUAUGCCCAAGUUUUUUUUCCCCAACUUGAGUGCUGCUGAAAUGGAGAAGAAGACCACUUGAUACUUGAAAUCUAAUGAUGGGCAUCCCAAUUCCCAAUGCCAUUCUUUCAAGUUUUUUUCAAUUAUAAAAAAACAAUAUAUUGAACAAUGCUCUUAUGGUAAUGUUGGUUUUUUUUUAUGAUGGAAAACCAUAUGGGCAAUAGGUAGAUAUUAGUAAGAUAGAUCUGCAAGUGUAUUUAUAUUAUAUUCAUCAUUCCAUGUAAGAAAAAUUGGUAAAACCACCAUUGUAAUGUGUAUAUUGAUCUAUUGGAUGUUUCUUUAUUAUUAUUAUUCUCCAUUUCUUGCUGCCUAAUUACCUGGUUU